AUGAUCGUAGAGACUCCUCGACAGGGCUGUCCGAUUGACGGUGAGACGGUGACAGCUGUGCCACAAGACGGCAAGAGCCUUGUCUCGGGCAACAAGAAGAGCAAGACUAGUCCAGUCAAUCCAAAAGUAUUCAUCCUCCGUCAUGGCCAGACGGAGUGGUCAGAGAUUGGCAAACGAACAAGCUUCACAGACCUGCCGCUUACUGAAAAGGGCAGGACUCUGGUGCAACGCUCUGCAUCUACAAUGCUUGGCACAGGCAAGCUCAUUGACCCAAGCAAGCUAAGAAAAGUCUACGUCUCGCCUCGUCUCAGGGCACAAGAAACGCUCAAGUUGCUUGACCUCCCAGAGAGUGUCCCUGUCGAGACGACAGAACUCUUGCGAGAAUUCGAGUAUGGCGAAUUUGAAGGCAUGAAGACGUCUGACAUCAAGAAGCUUACAGGCAACGACAAGUGGGAAACUUGGAUUGAUCCUGCACCUGGCGGCGAGACGCCUCAGCAAGUAUCUGACAGGAUCGAUGAGCUGAUUGAUCUCGUUCGCACACGUCAUCACCAACUGUCCUUUGAGCACGAAGAAGAGGCUCUGGAAAAGCCCGACAUUCUUUUUGUUGCGCAUGGUCAUAUCCUGCGUGGCCUAGGAGCAAGGUGGAUUAGGCUCGACAUUCGUCAUGCACGCGGGCUUCAACUUGAUGCUGGAGGUGUAGGGGUCCUGGCGUACGAGCAUGGCAGCAUAGAAGAGCCAGCCAUUACACGGUGGAAUCUAAUACAGUGA